AGUACUGGUAGUAGCUAUUCGAACAUCGAUGUUCGGCUUGCCAAGCCAACAGCUACAACAACACCAGAGUAUGGAAGCCACAUCAACUUCUAUUCUUUUAUCCAUUCCAUUUGCUUCAUUCUAGAAUGUCUGCGCAUUUCUAAAGUGGCGUUUCGAUCUUUAACAAUGAGCUGGUCGCGCAUUUCCAGAUUCGCGGUUCUCACCGCUGCGGUCCAUCCCAUCGGUGCUCUCGUGAGCGUUGCUUCGGAUGCACCCGUCAUUAGCAACCAAAUCGUCCUUUCGAAGCUUUUCGAUCAGAGCUUUUGCGUCAUGGAAAAUAUUGUUGAUCCUACGACCCUCACGGAAUGCUCCCGCCUCGCUGCAAGCGUCUUUGAGAACGAGGGUGGUCAUGACGGGACCUACCUUGGCAAGCCGUGGAAAAGUUCUCGAAUCUACAUUGACGGACAGAACGUGUGGCAACCCAAUCAAGACAGCACUGCAACGGCGCCCGUGGAUGCCGCGUUUAUGGAACCAAUAAUCAAGUGUGUUCGGCGAAAAUUGGCCACCGAGUUGGGAUUGGUACCGAAAACAGCCAACAAUCUGGAUGAGCUCUGUCAAAAAGCCAUGCCCCUUGAAUCUGCCUUUACCAACCACUACAUUGGCAUUGGAAAUGCUCCCAGAGACAUGUCCAAUCAUAUUGAUUGCGAUUGCAACGGCAAUCCAGUCCCGCUCAGCGUGGUGAUUCAAGGAGUCUACGACCACAACCAUGCCACGGGGGAGAUCCUGGGCAAGCUCGACUGCCAAACAGCGAAAAAGGACCAACCCGUGCAAACAGUUCCCCUUUCAGCUGGAGAUGGUCUUGUAUUGGCGGGAGCAUUGCACAAGCCACAUCCUGUCCCUGAAAGUGCCAAGAGGUUGGUGUUUGUUCUCUUCUUUUCGGAACUCAAUUACAUGAAGGAUGUCUUGGAAAGAUAGCACAGGAUUUUGUAGAUUGAACUGUAGAGGAGUAGUGGACUGGACAUGUUAUGACAUUAUGAUGCUUUGUUUUCCCGUUAAUUGCGUUCUAAAUAUCCAUGGAUACCAGCCAGCUCCUCAACUUGCUGAGCUUCCUGUCUACCAGGAGAGCGUCCCUGUAGUACGGUCAAGGUCAAACCAGGCAGGCAAGCCCUUUUGUAAUAAGGUCUUGGAAUCAAAAUAUUACAGACCUCUAUAUGCUCCAUGUCUUCAGUUGCUACAAAUACUGUUCGCAGCCAAUCUGUAGCAAUGAGGCGACUUGGCUUUCGGGCUUCACUCAUUGGUGAUUUGGAGUUUCUUAAAAAGAAGGGAGA